CGCAUAUUGGCCUCUGUUUUUCUGGCAGCGCCAUCUUGGCUCAAUGCUUGUCCAUCACCACUCAUCGUUCUAUUGCAACCCUCAGAGUUCCCUCUUCUGCUCUUUUUAUUUACAGUGUCGUGAGGAUCCUCGCAAUCAACUCAGUAACGCCUAGAAUGGUCUGUGUGGUGCUGAAAAUGCGGUGCUUCCGUGGAUGUGGUGCUCCCGUGUCACUCCUUUAGUUCCCCGAAAAUCGACCAACCCAGUUGUUACAGUGUUCGCAAUCCUACUAACGUCGAAUUCAUAUAUAAUUUAGCAGAGAGGCUGAGAGUAGGUCUCCUGUUCCCUCGUUUUUUCCUCCGUAGUAUGCACCGCUUGUUGAUAAGGAGUGCAGUAUCUUUGGAGGACGGAGGAGUUCAAGAACUUUAGAGGUACGUAAAUAUGUAGAAUGUUAGUUGAGAGUUCAAGUGUACGGAUAAUAUCCAGUGAAUCUUGCGUAGGCCGAUAGAGAUUAGAACAUUUUGGGGUGCGGGAUGGGGAGUGGAGCAGCAAUGACAGCAUUCAGUGAAGCAGGGGACUGGCUGGUGGACAAGGCCGCCCGGGACAUGGGCUUGCAGACGACUUGCGUGGGUGGCAAUGCUCACAACCUUACCCUGGAUUCGGCAACUAGUAGCUUUGGAAGUAAUCUCAAGUCCCCCUCACUUUGGUCAAUUACCAUGCUGGACUCCACUGUCCACAAAAUUCUGGAACACUACGUCGGACUAGACCUGAGUAAACCAAGUGCCAUCACAGUCGAUUUGCCUCUUGUGAGGAGCCCCACGCCCGUUGUCUUGGCAAUAAUAGGCUACAUUGUCGUCGUCUUGUUGUGGAGCUCGCACAUCAAGCGGGCAGGGUUAAAGCCCCGCUUGCAAGACCCCGUUUGGUUGCAGACGCUCGUCAUUGUGCACAAUUGCUUUCUGUGCUUCCUCAGCUUCUACAUGGGUUGGGGAAUUAUCACCGAAGCUCGCCACCAUAGGUAUUCAUUUUGGGGUAAUGCUGGAAACGAUGGACAUGUUAAAAUGGGAUCUUACAUUUACAUUUUUUACGUCUCGAAGUUGUAUGAGUUCAUGGAUACGAUAGUAAUGCUCUUGAGAAGAAACUUGCGGCAAAUAACCUUUCUCCAUCUGUACCAUCACGCAAGCAUUUCCUUUAUUUGGUGGAUUAUUAGCUACCUUUUCCCCACAGGAGAUGCCUAUUUCUCAGCAGCGCUUAAUUCAUGGAUUCAUGUAGUCAUGUAUCUGUACUAUCUGCUAGCAGCAACCAUCGCCAAAGAUGAGAAACGACGACGCAAAUAUCUCUUCUGGGGCAAAUACUUAACCAUGUUUCAAAUGCUCCAAUUUGUUUCAUUCAUCGGGCAAGGUAUACAUGGACUUUUCUACCCCAGCACCUAUCCGAAAAACAUGCCAAGAAUGUUGUUCCUGUACUCUUUGUCGUUGUUGCUUUUUUUCAGCAACUUCUUCAUCUCCAAGUACAUCAGACCAUCUCCCAAGUUGCAGUCGAAGCCAUUGAAGUCUGAGUAGGCCAAAAAUCAAUUUUCAGACGUCAAUUCUACAAUUUUGUUUUCUUUAAAACAUCAAUAGGAGCAAUCGCGAUAGAUUGAUUUUAUUCAAUGCAAAGUAAACCAACUUUAAUGCGUGAAUUCAGUGAACGUUAAUCAUUACCUCAAACACUCCUGUGGUUUAAACAUU